CCCCCCCCCAGUCCACAAGAGUCAAGUUUUUACUCCAGAUCUCAGCUGCAGAGGAGAAGGAAGGCAAUGCCAGGAUUUUCAUGAAGUUAAUUGCAACUGAGCUUCAAAUAGGAGCCAGGCUCCGGUGGGAAAGAGAAUCGAUGCUCUCAUUCUCAGCAAAGAUCUAUAAACCAAGUUAUCAUUUCCAUUCCUUGUGAUCACCAGAACCCCUCUUAAAGGAGACGUCUCUGCCCAGCUCUGAGAGCGGGCGGAGAGCUGGACGAAUUCAAUCCAUCAAAUCAAAGAGGGGGACAGCGGACCACAGUUGGCAAUGAAGGCAUUUUAAUUCCGUCUGGAGCGGAGCUUGGACGUAAGCCCAACAGAGAUGACAAGACUGGAGUGGCGGAAGUGUCCGCUUUAAGGGGAUUGCACAGUAGGAGACACUAUUUGAGAAGGUCGUUGGAAGUGAGGAGCUGUGUGGGGAGCCGGGAGAUUUAGCCGACGCUGCGAACUGGACACAUCGCUUUUACCAGGAGUGAUAUUUAUAUAAAAAAAAUCAAUCUAGUCUCUCCCAGUCAUAGGGAUAGUAACUCCUCCAAUGCGAAUGUUCUGCGUGUUGUGUGAGGAAUGUGAGCUGGGAGAUGGCUGCACGCUCGUUUCAAUGUGGAAUCCAAGGAGCAUCAUCAGUGGACUGAGAAACUGAUGUCUGUUUCCAGUCCAGUUAAAAUCCUCCUCUCACCAAGAGGUGAAACCAUCCCAAAAGUUAACGCCAAAUCUGCUGAGAAUCUACCAUGAUCUGUGUAAACCUCUUCAUCUUUCUGAUUUUUAUAGAUGAGGUGCUGCGAUCAGCUGGGGAUCCUGUCCUGCCGGGGACCUGGAGAGUGGACUGCGUUCGGGCCAAUGAGUUAUGUACGGCCGAAGCGGUCUGCAGCAGCCGCUACCGGACCCUACGACAAUGUCUGGCGGGGAAGGCUGCUAUGCUGUUUGGCCCUGAAGCCAAAAACGAGUGCAUCGCUGCCAUGGUGGCACUCCAACAAAGCCCACUCUUCGACUGCCAAUGCAAGCGAGCAAUGAAGAAAGAGAAACAGUGCCUGGCCAUCUACUGGAGUAUCCAUCACAGUUUCCAGCAAGGUAAUGACCUAUAUGAAAACUCUCCCUAUGAGCCGGUUAGCUCACGCCUGUCCGACAUAUUCCGACUUGCUGCAAUCAGUUCAGGUUUGGAGCCCACUGGAGCCCGAGGAAACCAAUGUUUGGAUGCAGCCAAGGCUUGCAACCUGAAUGACACCUGUAAAAGAUACCGCUCCAUGUACAUCUCCACUUGCGUCAAGCGCACCUCCACCUCCGAUACCUGCAGCCGCCGAAAAUGCCACAAGUCACUGAGGCAGUUUUUUGAUCGCGUGCCUGCAGAGUACAGCUAUCGGUUGCUCUUCUGCUCCUGUAACGACCCAGCUUGUGCGGAGAGACGCCGACAAACCAUUGUACCCACCUGCUCAUAUGAAGACAAGGAGAAGCUAAACUGCCUGGCACUUCAUCAGACCUGUAAGAUGGACCACGUGUGCAGGUCUCGACUCGCAGAUUUCCUGACGAAUUGUCAACCCUCUGCGCAAUCACUGAGUGGCUGUUUUCGUGAGAACUACGCAGCUUGCUUGCUCUCCUAUUCAGGACUCAUUGGAAGUGACAUGACCCCGAAUUACAUUGAUGCAACUGACGUUGUGGUGGCCCCAUGGUGCACAUGCAGUGGUAGUGGAAACCAGAAGGAAGAAUGCGACAAAUUUCUGAACUAUUUCAAAGCAAACACCUGCCUCAGAAAUGCAAUGCAAGCUUUUGGCAAUGGGACAGAUGUGAAUAUGUGGAAACCCAGCUUCCCCACUCGAGCCACAUCACUGCUGAAGACAGAGAAUAUGAUUGAGAGUGCUCAGCCUUCUGAUCACAUCAAGGAGAUUACCACGGCUGAUGAUGCUAACAUUCUCACCAUGUGUUCUGACAUGCAGGGUACUGGACCAAAGUUCAACACUUCUAAAGAACAGUCUCUCUGUCUGCCUGAGACACAGGUUCCUGUGGUAAACAAGAAGAUUGAAGAGAUGGAUAAAAUACACAGCUACGCAGAUCCAAGGAAUGGAUACUCAUUUAGUGCAUGUGUCCGUGCCAGUGGGGCUUGGGUAGCUAUUUCCUUUUUCAUCGUGACAUCCCUGGCAUCCUAAGAGCGUCAGGGAGCCCUUGAAGAUUGGCUAUUUCCAUCUUAUUUCAUUGAAAAGUGAUACCCCUGAGGAGAUAAUAAAAAGACAACAAAUUGAAUUUUAAGGGAAAGAGGGCAAGGGAAGGUUGUGAUUGCUUUGGUAGAAUUGUCCCAACAAAGUCUUGGUCCCCAAAGCAUUGGCUUUUCACAGAUGCAAUGCUGUGAGCAUUUUGGGACCUUACUUCCUUCAAGAAGCAAAAAAGAGUGACUGCCUCUUCAAGCCUAGCUGUAUGCCGGAAUCCUCAGCACUGGGCUGCUUAUUGGACUUGAGUAACCAGUUAGGCUUAAGCAAAGCCUUCCGAAUUGGAUCACCAUACAUUCCUCACCCAACGGCCAAGGCCGAAGGACAGGAUUCUAAUUUGGUGACAUGGCUGCAAUGAUUUAAUGGUUGUAUAAAACCACUACUCGUUUUAUUGUAUGUACGUUUUAUUCCCCCAUGUGAUGUUCUUGGAGUUGAGGAAAGGUUCUGGUGUGUUAGAAUUACCACUCUUUUCUACACUCAAAAUCAUUUAUACCGAUGAGAACAUAAGAGAUCUAUUUACCUGUAAAAAAAAUGUUUUCUCUUUUGUUUCUGAACUUUCUAGAAGUGUGUUUCAUGUAGUAAUAGUUGUCUACCCCAGCUUGCAUUGCUUCUGCGAGCUGCUUGUGGAAUUAUACCAUUAUUAAAUAGUGUAUUAUUUCAAUAUCAUAAACAGGAAUAUAUCUCUACCAAGGAAACUACUUAAGACUUCAUCUGUUAUUUUCUUUCUUAAUUCUCUUGUUAGUUGAAGUAGCAUUUAAAGAAACAAUGUUUUAGUGGUGCAUUUGAGAGAGGAAGUGGUCAGUUCAAGAAUAAAGUUACCUUCAGCCUGCCCUUUAGAAACUAUUUCACAGCAGAAGAGAGCUCAGUAAAUAUAUUGUCAAAGCCAAACUCUGCAUAUUCACACUAGAGUUGGGAAGCACCCUCGAGUAAAAGAUGAGAUCUCACUUUGAGCACUUGUGGCCACGUGAAUCAUUUUCUAACACUUUCUGAUAGUAACUGCUCUCUGACUAAGGCUACCAUCUGAGAAAAUGUUGGUGGCAUGAAAUGAAGUUGUGACAGAAUCAGGAGGAAUUAGAGCCUGUAUCACUAAUUGAUCUGUUUGUGACCUCCAUUUUUCAACCUUUACUCCACAUCCCUCAAUACCCUGAAAUGAAUACUCCAAAUUGACUACCAACAUCCAUAGCCUUUUGGAGAAAGACACUCAAAUUCCUUCUGCAAAUUGUGUGAAAAAUUUGCAGAUUCAACUCCUGAAAUACCUAGUGUGCACAACUACUGAGUAUUAAACUAAAUAACACUGCAGGAAGGGAGUUGCAAAGUGAUAAUGAAGUGAACAAGUGAACUAAAAUAUUGAGCCAUUAUUCUGGGGACAUGGGUCGAAAUUUCACCAUAGGAGAUGGUGGAAUUUGAAUUUCAUAAAAUCUAGAAUCAAAAGCUGGAAACUACCAGAUGUAUACACCUGGUUCACCAACGUCGAGUACAGAAGGAAAUCUAUCAUUCUUGCCUGGUCUGGCCUGCUUGUGACUCCAAACCAACAGCAAUGUGGUUGACUCUUAGAUGCUUUCUGGGUCACCAGGAUGGGCAACAAAUGCUAGCCCAGUCAGU